ACAACACAACACAAUCCAUUCUUUUCCAAGAACAUGCCUGUUCUAACCAAAACUUGCCGGAUGGCAUUGUCUGCUAACGAGGUGUGGGGAGCGAUUUCUGCUGCCACAAAUAUGUACCCGGCCGCCAUGCCUAACCUGAUUGCAGGCAUCCGAGUGACCAGCCGAGACGGUGUUACUGCCGGUUCGGUUCGGGAGAUCACUUUUGGAACUGCCACAGCAGGUAUGGUCAGCCAGGCAACCGAGCAGAUUACCAGGGUCGACCAUGCCACUCGAACCGUCGAAUCCACCUUUAACAAUGAUAGGAACUUCGUGGGCAGGCACUUUCGUUCUGCCUCCCUGGUCGUAAAGGUGGAUCCUAAUAACGCCGACGAUGGCCCCAACUCUCGAGGUUCCACAAUCACCUGGACUUUGACCUACUCAUGGAUUUCAGCUACUGCAUCAGGCGGACUCAAUUUGGACGUUUUCUGGAAUGCUAUAGAGCAGGGAUUCAAGGAUUUAGACACUUACAUCUAGGUCCCCCGCCCAUAAUGAAUGAAAAUCCAUCAUCUACUACGCACGACGACGACGCUUGAUUUUUCAUUUGCCUUUCCGUCUACUCUUAUCUUUCCGUUUUCCUUCUUCGUUUUUCAUUCUCUUGUAGCUUCUCUGUCCUAAUGUUGAGCGUGCAUGCCUGCCUCUCCUAACUAAUAUAUCUGUACUAAUUUUCAAAUUGGAGAAAAUUUUGCAAUUAUUUACAACAUCAAUCGUCAUUUCAUUCCAAACCAACACAUGUGGGAAGCAAUACAAUUACAAUAAUGGAGAGAUAAGAUCGGCAAUGACAAUCCAUUCAGGAGGAAGGAGACCAAGACGAGAGUUCAUCGCAAUCCAAUCAGCCAAGACAUUGAAUCGACGGGGAACAAACUCGACCGAGAUCCACGGAGAAACACAAAGAAUGGAGACAACCGGGCAAGAGUUGCCCGACAUUGCCAGGGCCAAAUGCUCGGAUCUUGCCCGGUCUUCGUACCUUGCCCACCGCUACCGCCAUGUGGAAGAGUCUCGUUGAGACGUAUUCCACCACAAGCUUUGCUCACAGUUUUAUUUGGAGAUAGAGCUUUCUUCUCUUCGCCAGGGUAGCCUCGAUAUUGCGUCUUACUAUAAUGCUGCUCGACAACUUUGUACCGAGCAGGAUCUGGUUUCUGCAUCGUUGACCCCAUCUGGCAUCUCGGACGAGGUCAAGGCAGAGAAGAAUCAGGUGCAUCUUCUUCAAUUUCUUGCUCGACUUCGACCAGAGUAUGAAACGCUCCAUGCUAGUCUUAUUCAUUGGGAAAAUAUGAAGCUGGAGGGUGUUCAUGCUGCCUUGCUUCAACAAGAGACGAGGAUCCGCUCCCAGGUUGUUCUCGAUAUUAAGCCCGGCUCCGGGGAGGCCGUAUUUGCUGCGUCUCAAGCCUCCAAACCUGCUGGUUCCGCUUCACGUGAGGGACGUCUGCCUCCUUUUACUCGUGAAGAACCCACUGAUGCGACCUCCUUUGUUGCAUAUCGUCCUCAGUUUCAACAGCAACGAUCGGAGGUAGAAUGUCAUCACUACCGCGCCAAGGGACAUACCCAAAAAUAUUGUCGUAAACGCAACUUUUGCGUUUAUUGCAAGAAGACAGGUCAUCUAAUUUCGGAUUUCUCGGCGCUGCAAGCUCGUAUGAAAGAUGUUGGUGGUUCUUCUUCUCGUGGUCCCUCUGGUGGACGGCUAGUAUAUGCUACUCAACCCACUGACGCAUCUCCGGACAGUGGCAGCGGUCCCGAUGCUCUUGAGCAGCUCGUCAACAAGGCCAUUGCCUCAACCUUCUCGAGUCUGCAAGUCUCCGGUAAGGGCUCUCCUUGGAUUCUUGAUUCUGGUUGUUAUAAUCAUACGAAGGGUAAUGGUUCUAUGCUUACUAAUGUUCGACCAGUACAAAGAUGGGCUUACAGGUUGCUAAUGGUGCGAAUUUAGAAGUGGCUAGGGUUGGGUCUAUGUCCCAACCGAAUUUGGUUUUUCCUACUACGUUACAUGUUCCCGAUUUGGUCCCUAAUUUGGUGUCUGUUGGACAAUUAACUGAAAAAGAUUUUCGUGUUGUUUUUGCACCCUCUGGCUUCUCUGUGCAGGAUAUGAAGAUCGGGAGGGAAAUCGGUCAGGGUAGCAAAAAGGGCUGGAUUUUUCAUCUUGAGGAACUAGCAGCUCGGCCUGCUUUAUCAUCGUCGUCGUCGGUUUCUCAGUCGGUGUCUAGGGUACCCUCUUCUUCUUAGGUAUCUAGGAACAUUGAUUCUUUGCCAGUCUUUUCUAGUGUUCGGGAGAAAACAUUUCAGUUGUGGCAUUCUCAUUUGGGUCAUCCCCAUUCUCGUCAGCUUUCCACUAUGUUUAAACAAAAAUUAUUUGGCAAUAAUGUGCAAUUUGAUUCUUCCUCUUAUCUUUCUUGAACAUGUUGCGUGGAAGCUAAGGCCACUCGCAUUUCUUUUCCUUCUACCCACACUACCAUUACCGAGCCUUUCCACCUCAUUCAUACUGAUCUAUGGGGGCUGGGUCCUGUGACAUCUCGGCAUGGUUAUAAGUAUUUUUCCCUAUUUGUUGAUCAUUCUACUCAACACACAUGGAUCUAUUUUUUACGUCUUAAGUCAGAUCUGUUGAGCAUUGCUACUGAAUUUAUUGCCAUGAUCCAGACUCAGUUUUCUAAAACCAUUCACAUAAUUCACUCCGACGAGCGGGGAGAGUUCAGCUCCACUCCUCUUCUUCAACUCUACAAGUCACUUGGGAUCCUCUCUCAAAAGGCUUGUCCUGGAGCUUCUCAGCAGAAUGGUUUAGUAGAAUGUAAAAAUUGCCAUGUUUUGGAGAUUGCUCGAGCCCCUCUCCUUGCCUCUCAUGCCCCUUCCAGGUUCUGGCCAGAAACAGUCUCCACCGCCAUUCAUCUCAUUAACUUUCGGAUCACUCCUAUUCUUCGUCAAACUAGUCCCUUUUUCCAGCUCUAUUCCACGCAUCCUCCUUAUUCUCGGCUUUGUGUCCUCGGUUGUGUCUACUUUGUCCUUCUUUCCCGAUCCGAGCAUACCAAGUUAAUGCCCAAAACCUCUCGUUGUGUCUUUCUCGGUUAUAGUGGUAUCGAUAAGGGUUACAUCUAUCUUGAUCCCUCUCUCCAGCGUGUCCGUAUAUCUUUGAAAAUCUUAUGUACUACACGUCUUCUUCAUCCGAGUCAACCCCUCUGUUUGAUACUUCUCUCGGUCAACAAGUUUUUCUGAUUACGACGACAUGGGCCUUCCCGAUGAUGAGCUGCCCCCCGAUCCACUGACUCCCUUCUCGCCAGUAUCAACCACAUCGACGUCCAGUGCCUCUUCUGUCGAGUCCUCUCCAGCAGACAGCCCUGCCGCAACCCCGGUUCCUCUCCGUCGGUCAAAACGAUCUACCUACGGGCAACCUCCAGCUCCGCUACAUGAUUUUGCACACGCACAGGGCAAUCCCUUCUGGGAUAAGGCUAUGACAGAUGAGAUAGAUGCUUUACAUGCCAACUACACCAAGGAUGUGGUUCCCCGCCCUCCUCUAGAAGUGCCAGUCGUAGGUAGCCGUUGGGUUUAUUAUCUGAAGUUUCUUUUGGAUGGGGCGCUUGAGCACUUCAAGGCUCGCGUAGUUGCUCAAUACUUUACACAGGAGUAUGGUGUUGACUUUACUAAGACUUUUGCUCCGGUGGCUAAUGUUAGAACAUAAGCGUGCAAUCGAUAAUCCAGACAAACCAAAUUCCGAAACGGACAAACCAACUAACUAUCCCGACUGACCUGACUACAGAUUAGGGUGGUGAAGAGUAUUUAUAGAACUCUUCUUCUAAUCCCAAACAGUAAACCAAAGACAUUUUCAAAACAUAAAAGGAAAAGGCCAAAACAAAGCCCAAACACCAAACCAAACAAAAUAGGCCCAAAAAACAAAACAAACCCAAAUCAAAUUCAAGUCAUAUCCUAACAAUCUCCACCUUGACUUGAAUUCUGUCUCUAAUACCAGAUGUACUAGACGCAACCAAGGUUGCCAGAUGUACCCAAACGUGAUACAUAUCACCUGACGUAUCCAAAUGUGAUCGAAACCGCCAAACUCAAACACGAUGCAAAAUCUCCAAACUCAGAUGCAAACAAAAUUACCAGACGUAUCCAAAUGUGAUCCAUAUCACCAGACUCAAACGCGAUGUAUAUCAGCAAACUCAAAUGCAAUAAAAAUUGCCAGAAGUGUCAAACUCUCCAAAUCUCUAUAUGUAUCUAAACCUCCCCUGCCUCCAAAUGCCCCUAAGGGCGAUCAACAAAUCAAAACAUGCAGCAAGUCCAACCCUUGUUGGGACUUGCCAUGCAGAACUAGGUUGGUGUUAUUUCCGUCCAUAACACCAAUAUCAUAUUUUCCUCUAUCUCCAAACAUGCAACUCCAAACUAAUUUCUCAAUCUUCAAAUCUAGAACAAACAUCCUUGACUAAAAACACUUAAAAUGACUUCACCUUCUUGAAGGUGAGUUACUUCUUUAAAAGACCUUGUUUCUUAAACUUUAACAAUAACUUGUACUCGAAAAAUUUCAAAGUAAAUAAUAACCAUUCACUUCAAGUUAUAAUUCAAACAAGGCACAUAUCAUCAACCAUAAUCAUGCAAUCUCAAACAUGAAUCAAAUACUACACAUACAUCAUGCAAAUCAAUACUCGAAAAAUACUCAAGGAAUAUACUUGAAGAAAACGUAAGACGUAGAAUUUACCUACUUUACACUCACCUUAUUAACUGGUUGAGGUUUACGACCUAAGUGUUCACUUGACUUGAUCGUUUCACUCCACUGAUUCGAACCCCAGUCCACUAACAUAUUCGAAACCCAUGGCUAUAUAAUCAUUGCCACCUCCUCGUACAGAGCAAUUACCCCAUGGUUUCAAGACCCUUAACUGCGUACGUUCACCGUUGUUUUAACCCCAUUCUUAACCAAAUCACUUCCUCCAGUAAUAAGAAACGCAUUGUUGCUCCACCAUGAACUAAUGUUAAUUGCCCAUACCAAUUACACAAAGAAAAACAACAUUUUCGUUCAUUAUCAUAAGUCUGAUCGUCCAUGCAUAUCUCACGCAAAUUAUGUCCAUCAUGUGCGGUAUACCUCUACCGCCCAAUUCAACAUCAACUAGGGGUCAUUUGGCUUUGUUGAUUGUUUGGUGGGGAUAGUUACAAUGCAUGUAUUGUCCACAAUAUAUAUAUAUAUUUUUUUGAAUUUUCUGCACAAACAAUACAUGCAUUGUUUGCUUGAUGUGACACAAACUAUCACUCAAAAUGAGUGAUAGUUAAAUCUCAAGUUUUUUGUGAGAUUGUUGAGAUUGUUUGGUAGAGAUUGUUGGGUUAUUUUUUCUUCCAACUAUUUCUCUACCUUUUUAUGUGUAUUACUUUUUAUAAUAAAAACAAAGGGUAAAAGUGACAUUUCACCAAAAAUUCAUAUAACUUGUUUAAAUACUACAAUAACUAUCACCGAAACUAAACUAUGUAAACUACAAUACACAAAUUUUCUUAUAUACAUGCAUUGAUGACAAUGCAUCGAUUUAACUAUCACCAAAACCAAACCACCCUAAAGCCUUACCUCUGUAUUGAACAGUCACGGCGUUUGGUUUGUCAUCGGCACUGUAUCCAAGAUGGACUAUAUCCUCUAGAAUGACCCGCUUACACAUGGGAAAGAAGGCUGAUCAAUCACAUCGCUGGUUAGUAUAGAAACAUUUGAAUAUUCUCCAUCACUUUCAAUGAAACUGAUAUCCUCCACGAACCUCUUCUUCUUAUUGUCGAACACCACGGUAAGCUGAGUUCUGGUCUCCGCCGCACAAGCUCUCUCUCCCUCUGUGAAUAGUCUGCGUUAGAGGCCUUCCCGCUAUCUCUUUCAUUGUUUGCGCCACUCCGUUUCCCCGCUAUUGGUCGAUGACUAUGACAAGGAAAAGUAACGUGAUAUAGAAGAGGAAUCGCAAUGGGUUUCCUAAUGUUGUUGCGCUAAGAACCACGGGACUGGGGUUUCUUCCUUUUUUUCUUCCUUCGUCCGGCGCUACUCUGAUUGGGAAUGGAUGGGAACGGAUCAGGUCAGUAACUUUAUGGUGAGUAACCCAUCCACAUCAGCAUGACAUCAGCCUGACAUCAGCAUCACUCUCUCCUUGAAAGCCUUUAAUUCUCCCCUCUUUAAUCUUUGACAGACGAUUUCUCACUCGUUUUAAGUCAAAAUUUAAUUUAUUUUUUUUUGCACAGUUACAUCAGAUUAAUUGUGCUCUUCAAAAUGAUAUCCACUUUGAUAUAUUUUUCAAACAAAACAAAUUGAUUCAUUUUUUACCAGUCUAUAUGACUCACUCCUACUGUCACUCUAGAAAUUGGCCAAGUGUAACCACUUCCUAAAGCGUAGUAUAGCGAGUUUGGGUUUUAAUGUCAACCCGGGUCCUAGAUUUGAUGACUACUCAGUGAAUUCUUAUUAUCUAGCGGUAAAACUUAAGUGCAGGUUCAAACAAAGAAAAACACAAAGCAAGUUAAACGGUUGUUUCAAGUCGAGAGAGGUCACCCGGAUAUGGUUCCCCCUAGACUGCAGUUAAGUCGGAUUGCAAUUUACCAAGCUCAGUUUCCAUGAAAGUUAUACUGCGGAAGGUUCUUAAACAGACUGAAGUCUCGACUAAAGGUCUUCAGAUGGUGGUGUCAAACACUGUGUGCUCCUGUAUGCAGUGGAGCUGCUCGAACACUGCCCACUCCAGAUGGUGGUGUCGCUCCAAUUUCCCCCGAGUCACCGCGCGGAACAGGUCCGCGUAAUCCGGGUGCAGGCUCAGGCCUUGCACAAACCGAUGGUCGAGGGACAUGCUCCUGCAAAAUCAACAAACCAAAGGUGGAGCCAAGAAAAAAACUUGUCAGGACCAACAACAUGGGUUCAUCAUUUCCCCCACACUUAAGGAUCACCUAGGCUAACAGUUUUAAGCACAGACGCUUGAAUCGCAAGCAACUCAACCGGAAUCAAGGCAAGAACCACAGAACCAACCACAUUAAUUACACGGGCAGCACAUACACCAUAGAUAGAACCAUGCAUACUCAAAGCAUCCCUCACCCUAUUCUAAAUCAUGCAUGCAAAUACAGUUCUCGGUCCUACAAUCUACAGUUCGAUUUUCCAGGAAAGAGCAGUUAACAAGAAACACACCUGAAAACGCAAGUAGAACUGUAGCUAAGGCUCAAAAAACGGGUGAGGGACGCGAGACGGAGGCCAAAAAUGACCCGGGAGGCUGGCCGGAAAAUGGCCGGAAAACGACCGGCGGCGGCCGCCGGCAGAGUGCAGUGGCCGGAGGCGGGAGGCGGCGGAGCGCGGCUGCUGGCGGCGCUCAAGAAGAGAGAGGGGAGAGGAUUUGGCAGGAAGAGAGAGGAGAAAAUUUUGAAAAAUGAGGGUAGAGAGAGAAACUGACCGAGGGCCGGUCGGGUAGUUUUUGAUUCCACGACCGGGGGCUCCAAAAAGCGGCGUGUCGAUUGAAAGGAAAUCCCCGACCGGGUAUUUUUGGGUCAAGGUCGGGGGGUUUGAAAAUGCUGCGUUCCAUCUUGGUAAAUCCCCGGCCGUGAACCAAAAAUACCCGGUCGUGUAUUUUUGGGACAAGGUCGGGGGUUUUCCCUUUUUGACCCCGAGAAACAGAAGGCGGCCCGAUCGUGGACCAAAAAUACCCGGUCGGGUAUUUUGACCCACGACCGGGUAUUUGCCCCCUUCCGGCCAAAAAUCUUAUUCGCCCAAAUUUUCGACCUCGCCUGCACGACAGCACCAAAUCGAGGCAUAACAGACGACCGAACUUCACCACAGACAUGCAACUGACUCAAUACGACACAAAAACUCAGAAAAAAUGGAAAAAUAAAUGCAAACCGUGGUGGGGUUGCCUCCCCACAAGCGCUUCUUUACCGUCUUUUAGCUGGACGCCCAUGGUGGAUACUCAGGGAGGUGCAGGAACAGGUGCCUCCAAGAGCGGAUUCACAUCGCUCUUGAGGUACAGCUUCAGGUUGUGGCCAUGCACCCGACGGGUGCAACCACCAGCAUUGGCCAGCUCGACCUGGCCAUCCGGCAAGAUGCAGGCGAGUGAGUACUCGGAUGGCCAGGGUGGUCGUGGUGCAGGAGGUGGAACCAGCUCGUAGUGGUCUCCACCCUUCUUCUAUGCAGGCUUAGCAACCUGCUGCUUCGGCCGCCACUCCUCCUUGAGCUUUUUGUUCGGAGGCGAGGCUGGAUGGAGUGGCGGUGAAGGAAUGAUAGGAGGGUCCUGCAAAAUGAGAGGUGCAGAAGGAUACACGACAGACUCGUGUACCUGAUCAGAAAUGGCAUGCACAGGUGUGACAGCAAUCAUAGCACAGUGAUCGAAUUCAGUCACAUAAAAAGUAGCAUGUUCAUUUCCAGCACGCAAGAUCAGUUUACCAUCAUGCACAUCAAUAAGUGCCUUGGCGGUGGCAAGAAAUGGUCUACCCAGAAUCAAAGGCACAUCCACAUCCUCAUGUAUAUCAAGAAUAACAAAAUCAACAUGAUAUGUGAAUGCACCUACAUUAACAAGCAGAUCCUCUAUGAUCCCCCUAGGAUGCACAAUGGAACGAUCAGCUAGCUGAAUGCUCAUCCUAGUAGGGCUAAGUUCACCUAGGUCUAGCUUUUUAUACAACUUUUAUGGCAUGACAUUUAUGCUAGCGCCUAGGUCCGCCAAGGACUUGCCUACAUGCAUGUUGCCAAUAGUAAGAGGGAUAGUAAAACUCCCUGGGUCCUUGCGCUUUUCGGGCAGCUUGUUCUGCAGGAUAGCAGAACACUCCUCGCUCAGCAGCACUGUCGAUAGAUCCCCAAGUUUCUUCUUGUUGGUGAGGAGAUCUUUCAUGAACUUUGCGUACUUGGGCAUCUUCGAUAGUGCCUCCACAAAAGGUAUGCUGAUGUUGAGCUGCUUCAACAUUGCCAUAAACUUCGCAAACUCAGUCUCCAGCUUGUCUUUGUGUAGGCGAGUGGGGAAGGGAACCUGGGGCACAUGCUCCUUAACCACUGGUUGUGGCUUGGGAGCAGGGGCUUCCUUCUCCACCCGCACUUCUGCAUCGUCAGCUGGAAGUGCUGAAGCAGGUAGUGGUUCCUUCUGCCUGGCCGGGGCAGGAUCAGCGGAGAUGGUCUUGCUGCUCCUUGUGAAAAUGGCAUCCAGCUGCUGGUGUGGCUCCCGUGGAUUGGGGAUGGUGGUGGCAGGUAGAGUCCCCGGUGCCCUGGUAUUGUUCUGGCGGGCUAUUCCUCCAAUAUGAUGUUGGAGGUCCUGAAGUAUAGCACCUUGGUUCCUCUGACCUGCCUCCAGCGAGGCGAUGCUCUGGUCUAUCCUGGCGAAAUUUGCCUGGAUGGUAGUCAUGAAUGCCGCUAAAAUGUUUUCAGCUCCGUCAUCUGGUUAUCUGGAGCUGGAGCUACUGCUGGCUCGGCAUUCAUGACUCUGGGGCUGCUCGAAUGGCUGCCCCUGCCUAGGAUGGUAGGGCUGUUGCGGUGGAACUGGCCCCUGUCUGGCCUGGAAAGGCUGCCUCUGCUGAAAACCACCUGCUGGCUCUGGGAAACCAGGUGGCUUAGUGGGGUUACUACUCUAAGCGAAGUUGGGAUGCUGGCGCCACCCCUCAUUGUAUGUGUUACUGUAUGGAUCGAGGCACCGCGCAUUGGCGAUGAAGGCCAACUGCUCUUGGGGUGUAGAGGACUCCCGCAUAGCCUGGCAGUCCUCCACCAGAUGAUUCGAGCUCUCACACCACUAACAUUGAGCUACGGGAGGUCCGCCCAGACCUCUGCCCGGGAUGAGACUGUUGGGCUACUUCAAUGUCUGCACUAACUCAGCUACUUGCUGCUCGAGCCCAGACAUGGCCUCCAUCGCGUGCACACCACUGUCCCGGGAAUGUCUGCCUUUGCUGCUCUGCCCCCAGAAAUGAUCUCUGGCAGCCAAUGUACUGAUCAUCUGGUUCAGUUCGGGUGGAGUCUUGGUAAGAAUGUCCCCUGCUGGGCAUAGAGACUCAAUCACCCUCUGGCUUUCCGAAGAGAGAGCACUGUAGAAGUUCCCUACUGUGAAUGCAUCACUAAAGCCAUGAUGGGGACACUGCCAGAAAUAUCCCAUGUACCGCUCCCAUGCAUCACGAAGUGACUCGUCUGGCUCUUGGCGUAAGUGAGUGAUCUCCCGCUGGAUCUUUAUGGUCUUCGAUGCUGGGUAGUACCUGUGCACGAACUUUUCAGCCAGAUCGUCUCAAGAAGUGAUGGACAAUGGGGGCUGGGUCUCCAACCACCUCUUAGCAUUCCCUGCCAGAGAAUGGGGGAAGAGGUGAAGGCGGAUUGCGUCAUCAGGGACACCGUUCAGCUUGAACCCGUUCGUCAGCAGCAGAAAACGGGAAAGAUGCACCCUUGCCUCCUCAUCCUUCAAGCCAUGGAACUGGAUAGAGGAUGUAAUGAGUUGAAUCCAGCAUGGCUUGAUCUCGAAGUUGUUUGCUGGAAUGGGCGGAUAGAGGAUGACCGGGCGGAUGUCAGCAAUCCGUGGAGUGUAGUAGUACUCCAAGGUGGGACCCGGUGGUGGUGGGUGAUGAUGAACCCCAUCUGCCUGGGGUAUGGGGUUGUUCCCCAAGAGCUGAUUCACCGGGGGAACCUGGAGAGAUUUCCAGGGGGUGAGUUGUGUUCUCCUUCCAUCACGUACUCGUCCUCGGACUCGCUGCUCAAAUUGCCGUCUAUGCCCUCCUCCGUAGCCAGUCUAGCUCGCUGUUGUCUCCUGAGUUGGCGACCGGUGCGUUCAAUCUCUGGAUUCAACGGCAGUAAACCUCCCGACUGACUAUGGGUCAUGCACUACCUGCACACACUCAAGCAAGCAAAUCCGUGAAGGCACAAGUGGGAAAGAACAAUCAGUCGAUGCGAAAACGAAAAUGCUAAAGUAACAGAAAUCACUUUUCUUCAACAACCUAGCCGUCCCCGGCAACGGCGCCAAAAACUUGACUCACUCCUACUGUCACUCUAGAAAUUGGCCAAGUGUAACCACUUCCUAAAGCGUAGUAUAGCGGGUUUGGGUUUUAAUGUCAACCCGGGUCCUUGAUUUGAUGACUACUCAGUGAAUUCUUAUUAUCCAGCGGUAAAACUUAAGUGCAGGUUCAAACAAACAAAAACACAAAGCAAGUUAAACGGUUGUUUCAAGUCGAGAGAGGUCACCCGGAUAUGGUUCCCCCUAGACUGCAGUUAAGCCGGAUUGCAAUUUACCAAGCUCAGUUUACAUGAAAGUUAUACUGCGGAAGGUUCUUAAACAGUCUGAAGUCUCGACUAAAGGUCUUCAGACCCUCUCAAUCUGAGUCUCCAGCGGGCGACUAACCUCCACCGGAGUAAACAGAUUGAGGCCCUAACGAACCAAACCUCCACUACCGAAUUGAAUUCGGUACAGAAUAGCGAAUUGGCUCCUCGACUAAAGUCACCAAUUCGCCACCUUCAAUUAAGGGUGCUCUAUCAACCUAGGCAGAUAUUCUCAUUCUAGGUUAAAGCAGAAACAACAGGAAUUUGAUCAAGAUUCAAGUCAUUCAAUCAUUCAAGCCUCAAUCGAAUAUAAUCAACGCAUGAAAUCUGUACUUGGGUUCAUACAAUCAGACCUAACAUACAAAUCUAGGGUUCUCCAUACCCAGAUGAAUGGGAAAACUACUCCGUGGAGAGAGAAGCAAAAGCAGAUUCAGACGCGGAAAUCAUACUGUGAAGGAUGAGUUUCUCUUCCUGGUUGUCAAUCGGCACUUCUCCAAGCUCAAGCCGGGCUCCAAUGGUGAUGAAGAUCAAGCUAUGGCACUUGGGAACUCUGGUUCGUCGCUUUCUCUCUCUAGGAAUCGCUCUGUCUCUCUAAAACUCGGAACCCUUGAUUUUCAGCCUUCUUUUCCUUUAAAAGGCUGACUGUCGCGAUACCCGGUCGAAAUACCCGGUCGGGUAUUUUGGGUCUCGAACGGGUAUAAUUGAAACGCACGUUUUGAUGUCAGGGGAAAAUCCCCCGUCUGUCCCAAGAAUCCCCGACCGGGGGUUUUUGCCUCCUGCCCGGGCCCCCCUCUAUUUCUCAUGGGCGCCCAAAACAAUAAAUACACGGUCGGGUAUUUGAGCCCAUGACCUGGUAUUUUCCUCCUGCAGCACACUUCGACCCAACUUCGCUCCUUUCGACCCAAAACUCGUUUCUUCGCCUCGAUUCCAACGCCGGGCCCUGAAAUAUGACAUAAACACACAACCUCGCAUGAAAUUGGCUUAAAACACAAGAAUCAACCUCUCAAACGGCUCAAGAAUAGGGGUAAAAACAUACCAUGGUGGUAUGAACAAACCAACAAUGGCCAAGUGUAACCAAUGAAAGGGACUGCAGUAUAGUGUCACAAGUAAUAAAUAUCGAAUCCACGGGUCUCUAGAGUUACUAUUACUCUGCUUCAGUUCAUUAUCUAGCAAACUAGAUUAAAGAUUGAUUUACUAAACUACUCUACUAAGUACUCUACUAAUUACAAGUUGGGAACUCACUUAGGUAUGAUUCCCCCUAGCUCCUCAAUUAGGUCCAAGUUGCAAUUACCUUUGGUUGAUCUACUGUUGAUUAAACUGCGGAAGAUCCUAAAUUAGCUUGGAAUCUCUUAAGCUGACCAAGCCCUCUUAGACAGAAUACCCGGCAGGCGACUAGCCUUCACCGGGAUAGACUGCUAAGGCGAUUCACAUAGAUCUCCACUACUGGAAUGAAUUCCAGUACAAAGCAGUGAAUUGAUUGACUCUCGCACAACCAAUUAACCACUAUCAAUCAAGGAAGCUCUCUUAACCUAAUCAGAUUCUAUCUAUCAUAGGUUAAAGCAGAAUUCAAGAGAAGAUGAUCAGGCUUCAAUUGACUCUAUAAAUCAUGCCUCAAUUUAUUAUAAUCAAACAAUAUAGCAUCCAAAACUUCAUACAAGAAAGAUCUUAACACAUGGAACUAGAGUUCCUCAAAACUUAAGUGAAGGGAAGUUACUCCAUAGAGAAGAGAGAGACUGCAUAAAUCUGAUCUAGAUCUUCAAUCUCCAUCUCCAAGCUUGAUUCCCGAGCUCCAAUGGUGAAGAAAUCCUCCAAAAUAGCUCCAAGAAUGUUCCCAAGUCGCUCUCUCUCUCUAGGGUUCGUCCCUUGGGUGUUUUGGGAACCAAAACCCAGCUCCCCCUUUCCUUUGGUUCGAAUCUGCCUCAAAAACCUGAUUCUGGGCAAAAUACGGGCAGAAAUACGGUCGUAAUUCUUCCAUGCCCGUAUUUUGCCCAAAACACGCAUUUUGGUUAAGUUUCAGCGCAUCCAAAGCUCCUCUCGACAGUGAAAAUACGGGCAUGGGAGGGGAAAAUACGGUCGUAAUUCAACUGCCCGUAAUUCUUCCUCCGCCCCUGUUUAAUGCUUCGUUUCUCCCUCGUCCGGACUCUGAAUCAGUCACCGUUUGAUCUCAGACGCUUGUAGUCUCGUCCUCUAUCUUUUCAUGACAAGAUUACAUGAUUAUUUUUCCAAAAUAUGAGGUAGAAGUCCAUUCUUCCUCAGGUCAUGCUCGUGUUUCUUCUCCCGAAUUGCCAAAUGAUCUCGGAUUGACUUGAAACUUGCGCCUAUGCUUCAAUUUACAUGCUAGGACCUGAAAUGUGAUAAAGGAACACAACCCAGCGUAAAAUAGUCCAAGAAAUCAAAAAAUCAAGCCAAAAUGAUCAAGAAACGAGGGUGCAAACAUGUGCAAAUAUGAUGUUAUCAAAUUCCCCCACACUUAACCGUUUGCUUGUCCCCAAGCAAACCAAGUCAGAUACAAGGUAAGUUCAAAAAAUUUUAACCAUGAAACCCUUGGGGACAUAUCAUAUAGGCACGAAACAAGGGAAUCAUACUGGCUUUUAGACAUCAACACAUGAACAACUUCAACAGCAACCUGGACGGCCACCACAGAGGACAUUCGAGUGCAGCAAAAUCGGGUAAAGGAAGAGUCUCCCUUCUGUUCACCAACCAACCUAGACUUGACUCAACCACUUAUUCAAGACAGUUAGCUCAUGCAUAAAACUCAAGACAUCAGAAUCAAGACCGAGCCAUCUAGGUCCUCACCGGGGUAAAGAGUGUAAAGAACAAGGAAAUGAAUCGCUCACUCUCGACCAGUGGGGUCAGGACAUUUUGAUGCGAAAAAUGCGCAUACUUAUUCUCUCAAUCCCUAACGUCUCUUCACCAUGACGGCAACCUCUAAAUGUUAGAGUUCACAUAAAUGGGUGUCAUCACUAACUAAUCCGGAGGUCUUAGACACAGGUUCAAAUGACUGGCUAGGGUCUUGGACAUGGGGAAAAGGCCUUUUAGGUGGUGGAAGUAUUCAUAGCACAAGGUUCCACAGUUCCAAACCCAACACAAUCACAACCAAUCAAUCCGGUACUUCCUUUCUGCUAUUCUGCAUUACUCAAAUUCUCUAGAGCACAAGAGCGAAGGAGGUCAUAUAAAUGUUAGCAUUUCCAAGCCAGAGUGCUAAGAAACACUACUUAAUGGACACUAUUCAGGUUUUUGGUAGUGGCUCUCUUUUGCUUUUAUUUUUUUCUUUGUUUUUCUUUCAUUUUUUUUCAUUUCUUAAUAGAAACACCACCUCUGCACAUUUUUCAAACACAUGCCCAAUUUGUAAUCACUACCUCCAACCCUCACAUUAUAUUUAGCAGAAACAGCAGAGAACAUGUAAAAACCACUCUGUGGAACCUUCUAAGAGAUGCAAAAGGGUGAUUUUCCAUUGUAGACCGAAAGAAAGGAUAACACACGGCUCAAAAGGGCUGACUAGGGGGUAUGACACAUCAGGACAGUCAAUUUGGUCGUGGGCCAAUCCUAUGCCUCCAUCAUCUUAGCUAAUGACAACGUGAAUGCUACACAUCAUGGAAGAGGGAUCUAUCGCACAAGAAAGAAACGAGCAGGCUCAAAUCUCACAUGGCUACCUAUAUGCUCUAUCUCUCAUUCUGAUUCCCUGAACUAGAUGCAUAAAAGACUGUCAAGAACAAGUGAGCAAUCCAAAUAACAGUUGGUAAGCUAACAGUUGAAAAACUGAACCCCUAUACAACUCUACUGCAUGUCUCAGUCAUCAUUAUAGGUUUUCCUAGUCACAAUCCAGUUGUCAUGCAUUCAUUCGAAAGCCAUUCGAUUCGCCAAUUAAACUCACAAUGCCAAUACGAUCAAGCAAACAACAGUAAUUGGAGCCCUCAAAUCUCAAGAUUUGGACAGUGGACUAGGCUCCAAGCACACAAAUACAGCCAAACAUUCACACGCAUACAUAAUCGAACAUCCCCCCACACUUAAGCACGACAUUGUCCUCAAUGGAGGAAAGAUAAGGAGGGUAAAACGAAGUUACCAGAUCAAUGGUGAAUGAUGGUGGACGGGGCAGGCGUUGCAUUCUAGGAGGACAGAGUAGUCGGAACACAAACAACACACAAAAUCUCACAAAGGUUGAGUUAUUGACUCUAACAUCAGAGAACAAAACUGACUCAACUGAGGAGAGAUAGGGAAAGAAAUGCAAACCGACUAGUUGGGUUGCCUCCCAGCAAGCGCUUCUUUCACGUCGUGAGCCGGACGAUAGCUCCUAAGUUUCGGUCCAUGCUAGAACCUCUUUGAAGUUGAGGUUCUCAUCUAUGACGUGGAGUCUCAAGUCAUGAGCAGGUGGUGUGAUAAGCUUCAUAAACAUAUAUGUAUUUUGUGCAUAAAUGAUUUAUCUUUAUGUAUGUAUGUGUUUAAAUUGCUCUAAAUUAGUUCAUAUUGACCAUGGAAUGGCCCUAGGGUCAUUACCAAGACAUGUAGCGAUUUAACACAGAUUGAAGCUAAGAUUGUGAACAAAACAAAGUGCACUGGACGAAUGCAGGUGCAGUGUCAAAAUGCAGAUGUGCAGAGGCAAACGUCCAGCAGGAGGCCAAAUCGAUGAAGACCCAAAUCAAAUUAUUGUGGUUGGAAUCUUCACUCAACUGUCAGCAACCCUUAUAAAUCAUUGGGAUUGGGUCAGAUUUCUUGAAGUGAGCAAAUAGAUUUGGUGGCUCACCAAUAGAGAAAAUGAUGCAAGAAUUUAUUGCAAAGAAAGAGACUUAAGCUAGCAGCAGCCUUCUCUUGGAAAUGUGACCUGCAAGUGUCUUGUUUUGUGGGAUUAAAUCUGCAGAAAAUGGAUUUAAAAGGGGCAGCAACUAGGAGACUUGGGGGACACUUUUGGAGACUAGUUUUAGACAGAAAAAUCAAAGGAGAGAGCUCACUUUGGCACACUUUGGAGUUGAGCAUUUUGAAGAAAGGAAGACUCUUGUAAGUUGGGGAUUAACUCCAACACUUAGUACUUUCUCUACUCCUUUGUUUUUGGUAGUUAGUCAUCAUGUUGAACAUUAGCAUGUUUAUGUACUUUCUUUUCAUCAUGAACUAAUCCCCCAAUUUCUGGGGGAAACUUAAGGAUUUCAUUAUCUAGCCUCGAUGUUUUAAUCAUGACUUGUUUUUCUUCCAUUUUCUAUCGUGUGGAAUUGUUUAACGCUUUGUGUUGAUUGGCCACCUUCACAAGGAUUUGUAGUUUUCUAGGUUAAUAACGAUAGUGAAAACCUAGUAACCAAACAUAUUUCACACGACAUAAUUGCCUAUUGAAGCGAUAGUGGAUUAAAUAGGGAAUUAUGCAGUCAUUUCAGGGAUAUCGUUCUUAAGGCUAAUUAAUUAAUUCAGUUAACUACGAUAGUAGAAAUUGUCUUAAUUAGUUAGUACGUGGUAAUUCUCGAUAGAGAUAGCUAUCAAAGUAUAGGUAUCCCGAUUGUAGAAAUAUGGAUUAAAUCGAUUGACAAGGGUAAUUAAAUUUACUGAGGUAAAUUAGUAAAAUCUUGUGUUUCCCCCGGAACUCUACAAUAUCAAAUUCUCCAAAAUAAUUGAUUUAUCGAGUUACUUAAUUUGUGCGAUCAUUGCAAAUCAUCACUUGAUUACAGCCCUUUGCAAUUCUUAUAGUUUCUUGAACUAAAUUUGUUAAUUAUUGAGUUUCACCAAUCCCUUAGAGAACGAUAAUUUUACUUACACUUUAUUACUUGUACGACACUGUGCACUUGCAGUUUUGUCGCCACCAAGUUUUUGGCGCCGUUGCCGGGGAUUGUCAAAAAUUCAGUUUUAAUAAAUUUUUGUUUGAGUGAACUAUUUUGAUUUGUGUUUUAGUGUUCAGGAAAAGUUCAGAAUAUUUCUUCUUGGCGUAUGCGAAGAAGGGAGACUAAGGAGUUGUUGCCGCUAAAUCACGAAAUCGAGAAGGCGUGUAAGUACAACCGGAAGCAGGCGAGGGUAGGAAAAAUCAUCCAAUCUAAAUCAGCACCUACCUCUCCAAAAGGCCAUCAAGACGAAGAGAAGGGUUUGAUCUCUUCACUUAUAGGCAAAAUGGAGGAGGGAGCUACCCAAGGCCACAACAACAAUCAACAUCGUGAAGGGAGGAAUGACCCACCUGAAGAUCGAACCAUCCGAGGCAAUCUUAAUCGAAGAACUGGAGCCCGAGCUUCAGGGGUUGUCAUUCCAUCCUUCAUCAACAUGAUCACAAAUGGCUACACAUUCUCUGGAGCAAGUACAGAAGAUCCUCAUGACCAUUUGAGGAGAUUUUGUAGCAUUUGUGAUACCAUGAAGAAUCCUGGCGUGUCCGAUGAUGCAAUCCGACUGCGUAUGUUUUCAUUCUCAUUAAUAGGUCGAGCGGCUCAUUGGUUCCAAAACCUAGUGCCUCGAUCUAUCACCACGUGGGCGCAGCUAGAGAAGGCAUUUCUUGACAAAUAUUUUCCACCCGCUAAAGCCAUGAAAGCCCAAAAGGAGAUUGUAGACUUUGUACAAGCUGAGGAUGAAAGCCUAAGUGAAGCUUGGGAGCGAUACAAAGAGCUUUUGCUGAAGUGCCCAAGCCACGGCCUCGAGGAGUGGAAUGUGAUCACCAUCUUCUUUGAUGGGAUUAGAAGAGAGUUCAGGCAAGCUUUGAACACGGCAUCCGGUGGAGGAUUUACUUCUAUGGAGCCCGGAGCCGCCUAUGACCUCAUAGAGAACAUGUGCUCCGAUGCUAAUGAAUGGGGUAGAGAAAAGAGCUCACGAAGGAGAGGCGGUAUGCAUGAAGUCGACAAAUUCACCGGCUUGGAAGCACGAAUCGAAGCCAAGUUGGAUGCUAAAUUCGAUGCACUUGAACGAAGAGUGGCCAACCUCUCUCUCGUUUCCGCUGACCAAACCAUUUCUUGUGAGUUGUGUGCAGGUGCUCAUCAUCAAGAACAAUGCCCCAUAGGAGCUGCCCAAUUGGAGGAAGUUCAAUUUAUCAAUAAUCAAAGAAACCAAGGCGGUGCCAACUCCAACACUUAGUACUUUCUCUACUCCUUUGUCUUUGGUAGUUAGUCAUCAUGUUGAACAUUAGCAUGUUUAUGUAUUUUCUUUUUAUCAUGAACUAAUCCCCCAAUUUCUGGGGGAAACUUAGGGAUUUCAUUAUCUAGCCUCGAUGUUUUAAUCAUGACUUGUUUUUCUUCCAAUUUCUAUCGUGUAGAAUUGUUUAACGCUUUGUGUUGAUUGGCCACCUUCACAAUGAUUUGUAGUUUUCUAGGUUAAUGACGAUAGUGAAAACCUAGUAACCGAACGCAUUUCGCACGACAUAAUUGCCUAUCGAAGCGAUAGUGGAUUAAAUAGGGAAUUAUGCAGUCAUUUCAGGGAUAUCGUUCUUAAGGCUAAUUAAUUAAUUCAGUUAACUACGAUAGUAGAAAUUGUCUUAAUUAGCUAGUACGUGGUAAUUCUCGAUAGAGAUAGCUAUCAAAGUAUAGGUAUCCCGAUUGUAGAAAUAUGGAUUAAAUCGAUUGACAAGGGUAAUUAAAUUUACUGAGGUAAAAUAGUAAAAUCUUGUGUUUCCCCCGGAACUCUACAAUAUCAAAUUCUCCAAAAUAAUUGAUUUAUCGAGUUACUUAAUUUGUGCGAUCUUUGCAAAUCAUCACUUGAUUACAGCCCUUUGCAAUUCCUAUAGUUUCUUGAACUAAAUUUGUUAAUUAUUGAGUUUCACCAAUCCCCUAGAGAACGAUAAUUUUACUUACACUUUAUUACUUGUACGACACUGUGCACUUGCAGUUUUGUCGCCACCAUGGUGUGGCAGGUGCUGAAGGCUCGUGCACUUGAUGCAACUGAAGUCUCCACCCUCGAGACCUCUUCCUCAUUUCUUCUCUUGUCUCAUUGCCCCAAACCAAAUAUAACCGUAUCGACUGACCACCAUCGCGUCCACCAAGAGGGAUCGAUGUCGAUGUGGCCUUGGUCUGGCAAAGAGACAUUGCAAAUGGGUCCUUGCUAUGCAGUUCCUUUAAGUUUGGUGGAGAUAUCACAUGUAAAUCAUGGUCGGUGUUGUUAACUUUUACCAGUCUAUACUAUAUGUGAUUGACCGGUAUUGAAAUAAGAGCAUACCUAUGGUUUGAAAAGCAUACCAUGGUGGUAUGAUGAUUGAAUACAUGAUAGUAGAAGUAUAUUAACUGUCAUUUACGGCUUUUAACAUUGUGUACCACAAGAUACCACCCCGUACUAGGGUGGUAUUGUAUGGUAUUGUGUGGUAUAUUUUGGUCCUGUAAUUUGUUCACCCAGAAAUUUGUAGAGCACAACGAAUUAAAAAUGAAUUAAAAACUAAGAAGAAACCAUAUGGUAUGCAGUUGGUACCGAGAGGCAAUAAAUUGUUUUUCUAAAAAAAUAUUGAAAAUGUAUCUCAAUUUGUAGAGCACAACGAACACGUUACAUCUGCACAAAAAAAAAAAUCAAAAUCCUAGUUAAAACGAAGAAGAUAUGAGCCGAUAAAAAAAGUCAGGGAAAAUAAAAAUGACAUUUAAUUCUCCAUCGUUAAAUCUGAAUUUUCUAAAUGAAGGCUCCAGAUUUAAUUAGCUACAUAAUCUUGAGGCAGAAUGGACAAGUCAUGGCGGAAUUUAUUUGGGGAAAAUGACAUAAUUGGGAGUUCUCUAGGGAGUGUAACCGAGAGGGAGAGGGAGGGGUAAUGGGUGUAACCGAUUCUUUUUGGGAUUUCCUUUUUCUUCUUUUUUCAAUAUUAAAACCUAUUAACUCUUAAUUAGAGUUAAUAAAUAGAAAUUAAGUAAAAUUAAACUCCCAAUUCACUAUGGGUAUCAUCUUACCCAAACCCGAAACGAAUCGUUAUCGGUCGAACCUCACGAAUCGUUAUCAGAUUAUGUAGCAGUGAGUUUGGGAGUCUAGUUGGGAGGGAUAACAUACACACCAGUUUAUAGUCCAGUAUUCAUCGAUAUUAUGUUAUAUACCGACCCCAAUCUCAUAAUUUCUAAUAUUAAAUAACACAUGAAUUUGAAUCUCAAAAUAAUGUGUAUUCGAUAAUAAAAAAUAUCAACAAAUUUUAUACGAUAUUCAGUAUAUCCCAAAUAUCAAUACCAAAAUUCCAGUCAUACAACCACUAACCGAGCGUACAAGUACUUUAGAAAAUUAAUUGGACAGUAGUGGGCGUAUACUAUUAACUAAGAAGAGUCUUUGUAUAAUUUAAUUCAAUGAUUGAAUAAUUAAGGAGAUUUUCCGUUGUUUAAUAGUACUGGAAGUCGGUCUCCUUUCCUUUCGUUUUCAUGAUGAAUACAUGAUUAUUUCAUUAAAACUUGAGUUUGUUGGAUGGUUCAAUAGUAGAAAAAUAUACGAACGGUUAUUUACCAAGUUCAUUAUUGUUUACUACAAGUUGCCACCCAUAUAUAUCAGGGUGGUAUGCAGCGGCGGAUCCAGAACACAGAAGAGCACUGGGCCGCAUUUCAUUAGAAAAUUAGAACCGUAAAAAAAUAUAAUGAUUAUAGUUUUUUGCAAUGUAAAUUGUACACAACUGUAUUUUAAUUUAGGGAAUGCAUCAAUAAUGAAGUCUACAUCCAUACCAAUAGUAUACACUCUUUCAAAUAAAAUACUUGAGCAAUCGGCGAGAAAUUCAUCGCUCAUUUUGUUGAGCAAAUCAGUUCUCACAUGUUUCAUUGUUAAAAAGGUUCUCUUCGUAGUAGCUGUUGAAACGAGCAGCAUCAGCAUUAGAUAAAUCAAUCGACUAAUCAAUUUACAUUGUGUGUCCAUCCCUGCACACCAGCUGCUUUAGUAAGGAUGGAUCAUUGUAACUUUAGGUAAACCCAGCAAGCAGGAUAGUAUGAUGAAAUUUUCCGAACUAAGCCCGAGGAGUCUGCUAUAAGCCAUAGAGAGAGCAACGAAGCAAGCACACCUUUGAUUUUUCACCCGGCAGAUACCCAGGUGGACAUUCCAUGUACACUAUCUGCUUAAAUCUCCGUGAAGAAAAGUAUUCUUCAUAUCCAGUUGCUGUAAACUCCACCCCUUGAGGGCUGCUACUGCAAAAAGAGUAUGAAUGGUUUGCAUCUUGGCGACCGGAGCAAACGUCUCCUCCUAAUCGACCCCAAAUUCCUGGCGAAAACCUUGGGCAACCACCUGACACGCUAAAAAACAACACCUAACAAUGGCCAAGUGAAACCAAUGAAAAGGACUGCAGUACAAUGGCCAAGUGGAAUCUCUUAAGCUGACCAAGCCCUCUUAGACAGAAUACCCGGCAGGCGACUCUAGCCUUCACCGGGAUAGACUACUAAGGCAAUUCACACAGAUCUCAACUACUGGAAUGAAUUCCAGUACAAAGCAGUGAAUUGAUUGACUCUCGCACAACCAAUUCACCACUAUCAAUCAAGGAAGCUCUCUUAACCUAAUCAGAUUCUAUCGAUCAUAGGUUAAAGGAGAAAUCAAGAGAAGAUGAUCAGGCUUCAAUUGACUCAAUAAAUCACGCCUCAAUCGAUUAUAAUCAAACAAUAUAGCAUCCAAAACUUCAUACAAGAAAGAUCCUAACACAUGAAACUAGGGUUCCUCAAAACAUAAGUGAAGGGAAGUUACUCCAUAGAGAAGAGAAGGACUGCAGAAAUCUGAUCUAGAUCUUCAAUCUCCAUCUCCAAGCUUGAUUCCCGAGCUCCAAUGGGGAAGAAAUCCUCCAAAAUAGCUCCAAGAAUGUUCCCAAGUUGCUCUCUCUCUCUAGGGUUCGUCCCUUGGGCGUUUGGAAACCAAAACCCAGUUCUCUCCUUCCUUUGACUUGAAUCUGCCUCAAAAAUCCGAUUCUGGGCAAAACACGGUUGAGGACACAGCCGUGUUUUACUUUUAUCCGCCCGUGUUUUUUUCCCAGAAGCCCUCACGACACGCCCUCAGCAGUAAAAACACUAACGGGGGCCAGAUAAAACACGGUCGUGCUUCUAGGGUGGUCUGCCUGUGUUUUUACUGCCGAAUAGGUUCCCCUAUAUUCAAUGCUUCGUUUCUCCCUCGUUCGGACUCCGAAUCAGUCGCCGGUUGAUCCUAGACGCUCGUAGUCUCGUCCUCUUUCUUUUCAUGAUAAGGCCCAACUUUCAAGUCAAUCGGAAUUCAUUUGGCGAUUCAGGAGAAGAAACACGAGCAUGACCUGAGGAAUAAUGGAUUUCUAUCUCAUUUUAUGGACAAAUAAUAAUGGAAGUUGGUUAAUAAAAGAAAGAGGACGAGACUACGAGCGCCUGGGUUCAAACGACGACUGAUUCGGAGUCCGGACGAGGGAGAAACGAAGCAUUACAUAGGAGCGGAGGAAGAAUUACGGGCAGCCCAUGCCCAAUUACGGGCGUAAUUGCUUCUGUCAUGCCCGUAAAUGCAAUGCCGAGCCUAAAUCCCUGAGAAUUCCUAUCGCAGAGCAAUUACGGGCAAGAGUCAAAGUAACUACGGUUGUAAUUCCAGAAUUACUGGCAGUAAUUGGGUAAUUACGACCGUAAAUCCUUUCUUCUAAGUUAAGUAAAACGCGCGUUUUGGGUGAUUUACGGCAUACCAUGUUUACGACCGUAAUUGAGCCCGUAAUUCGCCCAGAAUCGGUUUUUGAGGCAGAUUCGAGCCAAAGGAGAGGGAGUCGACUUUUUGGAGCAAAAACAGAGUUUUUGAGAGAGAACGUGCGAAGAACAAACCCUAGGAGCUAUUUGGAUUGGAUUUCUCACCAUUGAAGCCCAGAUUGCAUCCCUAGGAGUGAAGAUUGACAUCCCAGAGCAAAUUCUUCCCAUUGUUAUGAGUAUGACUGCUUUGUAUUCUGUUUUCCUCUCUCUCUCUCUAUGGAGUAGAACUUUCUCUCACUUGGGUAUAAAGAACCCUAGUUCCAUGUGUUAGGGAUCUUGAUUGUAAUGACUUGGGAUUUUUAUAUUGUUUGGUUUUAAUCGAAUGAUGCAUGAUUCAUUGAAUCGAUUGAAGUCUGGUCAUCUUUCCUUGAUUUCUGUUGCAACCUGAGAUAGAUAGAAUCUGAUUAGGUUGUUAGAGCUUCAUCAUUGGGUAGUGGUAGAUUGGUUAUACGAGAGUUAGUCAAUCUACUACUUUGUAUUAGAAUCCAAUUCCAGUAGUGGAGUUCGGUGUUCAUAGCCUCAGCUUUCUAUUCCGGUGAAGACUAGUCGUCUGCCGGGUGGUUGGACUGAGAGGGCUUGGUCAGCUUAAGAGAUUCCAAGCUACUGUCGAAUCUUCCGCAGUUUAGUCAACAGUAAAUCAACCUAGGGUAAUUACAACUGAGGCCUAACUAAAGAGCUAGGGGGACUCAUUCCCGAGUGACUCUUCCUUUGCUUCAGAAAACCGAACCAUCUCCUACUUUCUUACUGCUUUUAGUUAAAAUCACAAUCACUCAACUUAGUUGGCUAGAUAACAAAUAUACAGGGAGUAGGCAGUAGAUCUAGACCCCGGGUUGACAAUUAGAGCUUGCCUGUUACUGCAUUUCCGGACUGCGAUUACACUUGGUCGCAGUUUGGUGUUGUGUUUUAGCAUGUCAAGUUUUUGGCGCCGUUGCCCGGGACCCUCUAGGUUAUUGGGGAAACGUGAAAGAUUGUUACUCUAGCUUUUUCUUUACUGCAUUUUCUCUCUUCCACAUGUGUGCCUUCACGGGUUGCUUUUACUGACUGUGUGCAGGUAGUGCAUGACCUGUAGCCAGUCGGGGGAUUUACUGCAGUUAGAUAAAGAGCUUGAACGGACUUGUAGGAACUUCAAGCGAGCGUUAAAGGAGCGACUGGCUGCGGAGGAAGCUCUUGCACAGCUGCAAAUCGCCGAGGAGGAAGAGAUGGGUGACCCACAGGACCAUGAUAAAUGGGGUCCCAGCCGAGCUCAUCGAUGGGAUCAAGAUAAAUGGGGUCCCAGCCGAUGCCAUCCAGCUGAGGUACUUCCCAUUUACUCUGGAGGGGCAAGCCAAGAAGUGGCUGGACACUAGGCCUCCCGGAUCAAUCACCACGCUUGCCAACCUGGCAGACAAGUCCCUCACCAAGCCGAGUUGUACAUGCUAUGGGCACCCACUCUUCUGAUUUGGUGCAGGUUGUGUCUAAACUGGUCUCAGCCAUCGAUCAGAAUGGGAUGGUUCCGUGGACAGGGCAGCAGCCGGCAAUACGUUGCUAGUUGUGCGAGAGUGCCCAUCAUACUGUAGAGGACUGUCAGGCCAUGCGGGAGUCCAGUACACCCCAGGAGCAGGUGAACUUCAUCAACAAUGUCCGGCGCAACGACCCAUACAGUAACACCUACAAUGAGGGAUGGUGCCAGCAUGCAAAUUUCUUCUGGAGUGGCAAUAGCAAUCCGAAGCCACCUGGCUUCCAAGCUCCUGCAGCUAGUUUUCCGAACCAGAGGCAGCCAUACCAGCCUCGCCCAGGCCAUAUGAAGCAUCAGCAACCACUUUAUCAUCCCAGACAGGGGCAGGCUUUUCAACAGCCCCCAGAGCAGCAGUACCAGCAGCCUGGUGCAUCUCCAUCAGUCCCAGCACCAGGCGAUCCCGUGUCAGAACUGAAGGAUCGAGUGACUACCUUGGAGAGCACUAGUACCCCAAAGUGUAAUAAAUUGGAGCAAUUCAUGCAAGUUGCUGCAGGCAAAUUCAUGGAGAUUGAAGCUGGCCAGAGAAACCAGCUGCACUCUUGCAGGAUAUGGACACCAAGAUCGGGCACUUGGCAGAUGCCCUAGCUUCUAGACCGGCUGGCAUACUUCCUGGCCAACCCUUGCCGAAUCCCAGAAAUCAUAAGGAGGGGUUGCACGCCAUUAUGCUGAGAAGUGGGACUGUUCACCGCAGAAGAGUGCCAAGAAGGUGACCCAGAUCACCCUGAGCCGGAAGAAGACUUGGUGAUGGAAAUGGAGCCAGAGGUUCAAACUCCAAAGCCACAACCAGUAGUGGCUGAAUAUAAGCCUAAGCUCCCUUUUCCCACCAGGAUUCACAAAGACAGGCUAGAGGCAGAGUUCGGGAACUUCUUGUCCAUGCUUAGGAAGCUGCAUGUUCAAGUGCCCUUCAUGGAGGCACUAUCUCAUAUGCCUAAGUAUGCGAAGUUCCUAAAGGAGCUUCUCUUGAAAAAGUGGAGGUUGAGUGAGCUAGCCACUGUGGAGCUCGGCGAGGAGUGCUCGGCCAUUCUGCAGAACAAGCUUCCGCAGAAGCAAAAGGACCCAGGUAGUUUUACUAUCCCGUGCUCUAUAGGUAAAUUGCAUGUAGAGAGGUCCUUGGCGGAUCUAGGUGCUAUUAUUAAUGUGAUACCUUAUAAAUUGUUUAAGAAACUAGGCCUAGGUGAACCCACUGCAACUAGGAUGAGUAUUCAACUAGCUGACCGAUCUAUAGUUCAUCCUAGGGGCAUAGUGGAAGACCUUCUGGUUAAGGUUGGCAGAUUCCUUUAUCCUGUGGAUUUUGUUGUCUUGGACAUCAAUUAAGACACAGAAGUGCCCCUUAUACUAGGAAGGCCUUUCCUGGCCACCGUCAAGGCUCUCAUAGAUGUGCAUGAUGGGACCUUAGUCUUGAGGGAUGGCGAGGAGCAAAUAACAUUUUCCAUUGCUAAUACUCUCCCUGGUUCAUCGCCUUUGCAUCCUGUUUCUCACCAGGAGCACGAGUCUGUUGUGUAUCCUUCUGUGCUUCCCAUUUUGCAGGAUCCCGCUCACAUAUCUUCGCCGCCACUCCCGUCCACUCUGUUACCAAAAGACAAGAUCAAGGAGGAGUGGCGGCCAAAACUGCAGGUAGCCAAGCCUGCUCAAAAGAAAGCCGGAGACCACUAUGAGCUGGUCCCGCCUCCUGAGCCUCGACCGCCUUGGCGAUCCAAGUAUUCACUCGACUGCAUUCUGCCGGAUGGCGAGGUUGAGUUGACGAGUGCUGGUGGUCACACUCAUCGAGUGCAUGGCACCACCUGAAGUUGUACCUCAAGAGCGAUGUGGAUCCGCUCUUGAAGGCACCUGUUCCAUCACCUCUCCGAGCAUCCACACUACUGGCGUCCAGCUAAACGACGGUAAAGAAGCGCUUGUGGGGAGGCAACCCCACCAAGGUUUGUUUUUCUUUCGUUUUUUUUUUCGGUUUGUCCACUUGGAACUAUGGUUUUUAUCACCCAGUGUGUUUUGAUGACUCUAGCCCUGCUGACUGGUCCCAUUUCCAGUCCUCCGAUAGUCCAUAUUCCCGGUAACAUCGUUUCCCCUUGUCUUUUCCUCUGCUCCAUUGAGGGCAAUGUCGUGCUUAAGUGUGGGGGGUGUUUAUCUACUAUUGACUGCUAGAUGAGUCUGUGUGCUUGGAGCCUAGUCCGCUGUCCAAAUCUCGAGAUUUGAGGGCUCCAAGUACAGAUCUUUGCAUGAUCAUAUUGGCACUGUGGGUUUAAUUGGUGAAUCGAAUGGCUUUCGAAUUAAUGCAUGACAACUAGAUUGUGACUAGUACGACCUAUAAUGAUGACUGAGACGUCCAGUAGAAUUGUGUAGGAGUUCACUUUUUUAACUGUUUGCUUACCAACUGUGACUUGGAUUUAUCACUCGCUCUUGACAGUCGUUUUUGCAUCCAGUUCAGGGAAGCAAAAUGAGAGAUAGAGCAUAUAGGUAGCCAUGUGAGAUUUGAGCCUGCUCGUUUCUUUCUUGUGCGAUAGAUCCCUCUUCCAUGAUGUGUAGCAUUCACGUUGUCAUUAGCUAAGAUGAUGGAGGCAUAUGAUUAACCCAUGACCAAAUUGACUGUCCUGGUGUGUCAUACCCCCUAGUCAGCCCCCUUGAGCUGUGUCACAUCCAUUCUUUUGGUCUACAAUGAAAAAUCACCCUUUUGCAUCUCUUAGAAUGUUCCACAAAGUUGUUCUUACAUGUUCUCUGCUGUUUCUGCUAGAAAUAAUGUGAGGGUUGGAGGUAGUUCUAAAAAAAAAGUUGGGCAUGUGUUUGAAAAAUGUGCAGAGGUGGUGGUUCUCUCAAGAAAUGAAAAAAAAAGAAAAAAAUGGAUGAAAUCUAAAGAGAGCCACUACCAAAAAUAUGAAUAAUGCUCAUUAAGUAGUGUUUCUUAGCAGUCUGGCUUGGAAAUACUUAACAUUAUUGUGACCUCCUUUGCACUUGUGCUCUAAAGAACUCGAGUAAUGCAGAAUGGCAGAAAGAAAGUAGGUGGUUUGAUUGGUUGUGAUUGUGUUGGGUUUGGAACUGUGGAACCUUGUGCUAUGAAUACUUCCACCACCUAAAAGGCCUUUUCCCUAUGUCCAAGACCCUAGCCAGUCAUUUGAACCUGUGUCUAAGAUCUUCGGAUUAGUUAGUGAUGACACCCAUUUAUGUGAACUCUAGCAUUUAGAGGCUGUCUUCAUGGUGAAGAGAUGUUAGGGAUUGAGAGUAUGAGUAUGCACAUCUUGCAUCAAAAAAAAUUGUCCUAACCCCACUGGUCGAAAGUGAGCGAUUCAUUUUCACAUAUUAUCUAUACUCUUUACUUUGUUUGGGUUUGUGUUUGGGCUUUGUUUUGGCCUUUUCCUUUUAUGUUUGGAAAAUGUGUUUGGUUUUCUGUUUGGGAUUAGGAGAAGAGUUAUAUAAAUACUCUUCACCACCCUAAUCUGUAGGCAGGUCAGUCGGGAUAGUUAGUUUGGUUUGUCCGUUUCGGAAUUUGGUUUGUAACAUGUACUCUCCUCAAAUUAGUGAAAUUUGUUCUCUCCUGCCCUUGGAUUAGCUAGCACACAUUGUGUUGGUGAACCACGUUAAAUAUAUGUUUGUUCGUGAUGGUCUAGAUGAUCAAUUGCACGCUUCUAUUCUGACAUUAGCCACCGGAGCAAAAGUCUUAGUCAAGUCAACACCAUACUCCUGGGUAAAGCCUUGAGCAACUACGCGAGCCUUGAAGUGCUCAAGCGCCCCAUCUAGAAGAAAAUUCAGAUAAUAAACCCAACGGCUACCUAUGACUGACACUUCUGGAGGAGGGCGGGGAACCACAUCCUUGGUGUAGUUUGCAUGUAAAGCAUCCACGCAACAUGUCAAGAAAGAUCAGAGGAAGAAUCAAAUUGCACAUUAUUGCCAAAUAAUUUUUGUUUAAACAUAGUGGAAAGCCGACGAGAAUGGGGAUGACCCAAACGAGAAUGCCACAACUGAAAUGUUUUCUCCCAAACACUAGAAAAGACUGGCAAAGAAUCAAUGUUCCUAGAUAUCUAAGAAGAAGAAGGUACCCUAGACACCGACUGAGAAAGCGACGACGAGGAUAAAGCAGGCCGAGCUGCUAGUUCCUCAAGAUGAAAAAUCCAGCCCUUCUUGCUACCCUGACCGAUCUCCCUCCCGGUCUUCAUAUCCUGCACAGAGCAGCUAGAGGGUGCAAAAACAACACGACAAUCUUGUUCAGUUAAUUUUCCAACAGCCACCAAAUUAGGGACCAAAUCAGGAACAUGUAACGUAAUAGGAAAAACCAAAUUCGGUUGGGACAUAGACCCAACCCCAGCUACUUCUAAAUUUGCACCAUUAGCAACCUGUAAGCCCAUCUUUGUACUGGUUGAACAUUAGUAAGCAUAGAACCAUUACCCUUCGUAUGAUUAUAACAACCAGAAUCAAGAAUCCAAGGAGAGCCCUUACCGGAGACUUGCAGACUCAAGAAGGCCGAGGCAAUGGCCUUGUUGACGAGCUGCUCAAGAGCAUCGGGACCGCUGCCACUGUCUGGAGAUGUGUCAGUGAGUUGAGUAGCAUAUACUAGCCGUCCACUAGAGGGACCACGAGAAGAAGAACCACCAACAUCUUUCAUACGAGCCUGCAACGCCGGGCAAUCCGAAAUUAGAUGACCUGUCUUCUUGCAAUAAACGCAAAAGUUGCGUUUACGACAAUAUUUUUGGGAAUGUCCCUUGGCGCGGUAGUGAUGAAAUUCUACCUCCGAUCGGUGCUGUUGAAGCUGAGGACGAUAUGCAGUAAAGGAGGUCGCAUUAGUGGGUUCUUUACGAGUAAAAGGAGGGAGACGUCCCUCACGUGAAGCGGAGCCAGCAGGUUUGGAGGCUUGAAACGUAGCAAAUACGGCCUUCCCGGAGCCAGGCUUAAUAUCGAGAACAGCCUGGGAGCGGAGCCUCGUCUCCUCUUGAAGCAAGGUAGCAUGAACACCCUCCAGCUUCAGAUUUUCCCGAUGAAUAAGACUAGCAUGGAGCGCUUCAUACUCUGGUCGAAGUCGAGCAAGAAAUUGAAGAAGAUGCACCCGAUUCUUCUCUGCCUUGACCUCGUCCGAGAUGCCAGAUGGGGUCAACGAUGUAGAAACCAGAUCCUGCUCAGUACAAAGUUGUCGAGCAGCAUUAUAGUAAAACGCAAUAUCGAGGCUACCCUGGUGAAGAGAAGAAAGCUCACUACAAGAAACUGUACUUUCUGCGACGGAUUCUAUAGCGACGACAAGAAAUUCGUCGCAGAAAGGUCACCUUUUGCGACGAAUUGUAAUUUUUCGUCGCGUAUUGUCUCAGAAUUCGGCGGGAGGUGAGGUAGAGUGUUUUGCGACGAGCAAUUCUUUUUCACGACGAAUAAUGUCGUCGCAAAAUGUAAAGAGACAUUUUGCGACGGAACUCUGCCGUCGCAGACUGCGAUAAGACUUUUUGCGACGAAUGAUAUUCGUCGCGAACGCAUAAAUACCUUUUGCGACGAAUGACUGCCGUCGCAGAUGGGACGACACUUUUUGCGACGAGUUAAAGGUCGUUGCACAAUGCAAUGGGACUUAUGUCUUUUAUGUUUGCGUCUAUUAUGUCUUUUAAUAAAAUAAAAUGAAGUUAUUGAUAAUGACACUAGUUAAGCGUCAGCUUUAGUGGUAAACACUUCCUCUAAAGUUAUUUUGCGAAAUGGAGGUUAAACGUUCGAUUCAUCCUCAUGUAAAUUUUGUUGUUCUUUUUCGUUUUCAGCAGAUAAAGAAGGGGUAAUUUGGUAUUUUAUCCCAAACACGGUGGCAUGAGGUGACGAUUUCUGUUAUAUUUUAAGGGCGAAAUUGUCUUUUUCGGGGAUAUAUAAACAAACAUUGGGAGGAGCAUUUCAACCCUAGCCGCCCCAUCAUCUCAUUCUCCUCCUCUUCCCUCUCGUUUCUUUCCUUCUCAGAUCUACCGAUUUCUUUCUUUCCUCUCAUCUCCUUCUCUUCCACUCUUAAUCCUAGCCACUGCCUCCCCUUUUCCCACGACAUCAUCAACUUGGCGAUGCGAUAUCCUUUCGCCUGAGGAGCUCGAUGCAAUCCCCUUCAAACUCAAUCCGACUACUAGAUCUAGGUAAGAUCGUCGCAUGCAUAUGUUCUUCCGAUUUUUUUUUUCCAGAGAGGUUCUUGACUUGCUCUAUUUUUCUGGGUUUAUUUUUAUCUCCGACGAGGGGAUCAGAAAUGGAAGAAUCGGCAACGUCGCUGAGAGCGUCGGCGGUCGGAACAAGCGAAACGGGGGACGGAGACAAGGGACUACAUCUGUUUUUCAAUAUAUUUUUUUCUUGUUAUUUUUUAAUUUGUUUGUUACCUUUUCUGAACGAAUAUUUACCUCUUUUACUGCCUUUUGGGUUUUUGGUUUUGAAACAAGGAAAGGGAAAGCGAGCCGCUCCACCGGUGAGGAAGAACAUAUAUGGAUUGCAAAUCUGGGUUUUGGUAGGGGGGAAAUUAAUUGUGAAUACCUCCAAAAAUGAACCACAAAUUAAGUUGUGACCUUUACUACAAUGAACAAGAAAAUAUUGUGACCGGUGCUAAAAUUAACCAAAAAAUUAUAUGAACUAGAAAUAAAUUUUGAAAAGCUGA